AUGUCUCCCGACACUAUGACAGCAUCCGAAUCACUAUCAAACUCAUAUGUACCGCUUAUUGCCUCGAUCGAUGUAGGUACCACCUCUUCACGUGUUAUUCUCUUCAAUCAACUCGGACAAGAGGUCUCUAAACAUCAAAUCGAAUAUUCGACCUCUGCAUCUAAAGAAAAAUUUGCAGCAGCAGGUAGAAGAAGGUUGAGUGUUGACGUAAAUUUUGGCGAAGUUAGAGAGCCUCAGCCUAUCUUUUCCGCAGAGGGUAUUGCCAUUGAGGCUAACGAGUACCUUGAAAUCGAAGAUUUGGAAAUUGAUAAAUUCGGCCCAACGCUAACGUUCCCAAAACCAGGUUGGGUUGAGUGCAAGCCAUUCAAUAUCUUGGCUCAUGUUGUCCAGUGUUUUGCUGCAAACCUUAUCUCUGUUAACAAGGUCAAUGGAAAUAGAAUAUCCAAUGGCUUACCACCCUACCGGAUUCGCAGUGUAGGAAUUGCAAACAUGAGAGAAACUACACUUGUGUGGUCCAAAGAAACCGGAAAACCUGUUGUCGACUACGGAAUUGUCUGGAACGAUACCAGAACAGUAGACAUCGUUACUGAAAAGAGGAAUAAUACCCCACAAGAGUAUCAGGAACAUUUAAGGAGUAAAACGGGAUUACCAUUAUAUUCUACUUAUUUCUCAUGUUCAAAGCUGCGCUGGCUGCUUGACAAUGAGCCUGCGGUCAAGGAAAGUUACGAAAGGGGGGACUUAAUGUUCGGAACAGUAGAUACAUGGUUGAUAUAUCACCUAACAUCUAACAACGCAUUUGUAUCCGAUGUAACCAACGCGUCUAGAACUGGGUUUAUGAACCUAGACACUCUUGACUAUGAUGAAGAAUUGUUGGACUAUUGGAAUAUCGACCGGAAGAAGAUCAACAUGCCAAAAAUCGUUUCAUCUUCAGAGUUCUAUGGUAAUUUUGAAGUGCCGGAAUGUACAAGAGAAACGUUAACUUCCAUUGCCUGGGGUAUUUUGAAUGACUUUUGCCAGAGAAAGCCUUCUGUGCCUAUUCAAGGCUGUUUGGGUGAUCAAAGUGCGUCAUUGGUUGGUCAACUUGCCUUCAAACCAGGUGCUGCCAAGUGUACUUAUGGUACGGGCUGCUUUUUGCUGUACAACACCGGUGGAAAGAAGCUAAUCUCGAAACAUGGUGCUCUGACUACUUUUGGAUACUGGUUUCCACAUCUUGAGAAUGAAGAGCAUGCCAAGCCUCAUUUUGCCUUGGAAGGUUCAGUGGCUGUUGCCGGGGCUGUGGUACAGUGGCUGAGGGACAACUUGAGACUAAUCCCCAAAGCUGAAGAUAUUGGACCUUUAGCAUGCCGUGUACCGGACGCCGGCGGCGUAGUAUUUGUUCCAGCUUUCAGUGGCUUAUUUGCUCCCUACUGGGAUGCUGACGCAAGGGCUACAAUUAUGGGUAUGUCUCAGCACACUACCUCUUCGCAUAUUGCGCGAGCCGCUGUGGAAGGUGUUUGCUUCCAGGCCAGAGCAAUCUUGAAGGCAAUGAGUUCCGAUGCAUUUGGCGAAGGUAAAGUAGAUGUAGACUUCUUAGAAGAAGUUGCAGAGGAGACAUAUGAGCAGGCACCAUUAUCAACCUUGGCUGUUGACGGAGGAAUGUCGAGAUCAGAUGAGGUAAUGCAGAUUCAGGCUGAUAUUCUUGGCCCUUGCGUUAAAGUCAGGAGGUCACCCACCUCCGAAUGUACGGCUUUGGGCGCAGCAAUCGCUGCAUCACUUGCCAACCCUAACCGCGAAGAUCGAGUUAUGUGGAAGGACUUGAAAGAUGUCAAGAAAUGGGUGUUCUAUGGGGGCAUAGAUCCUAAGGAAGUACCUGAGGGUAAGAUUCCUACACCACAAGUCAAGAUUUUUAGUUCCAAGUCCAAUGACAAGGUCAGAAGACAUCACUGGAAGAUGUGGGAGGCCGCUAUUGAAAGAUCCAAAGGAUGGAUGAAGUCUAUCGCAGAGGAUGAAGAGCUUUCAAAUGGAAAAGCCACAUUGCAGGUAUAG